CCUAUAUUCUUCGAUUUUUUUCAUUAUUAUUAAUUAAAUAAUCAUUUAAUUUUGUAUUACAGGCUGCCGCAAUGUGGCCUGGAGUAUUGAAGUUAUUGGUGUUAUUAACAUUCUUGCUACAUCCAUCAAGAUGUACGCAGGGAAAGGUGAAUUACCGGGAAAAGGAGAAAGAAGUGUUAGACAACAUUUUAGGAGGAUACGACGCGCGUAUCCGGCCCAGCGGAGAAAAUGCAACAGGUGAAUAUGGAUAAAAUCUUUUUUUACGCCAUUAUUCCUUCCAGUCUUCCUUAC